AUGAGAACGGGGAAGCUGUGCCGGGACGCACACACGCGAGGAGGAGGUUGCGCCAAAGCCAGGGAGAAGGUGGAUGUGGGCUCCACAGGUGCUGGUCGGGGCUCCCAGGGAAUGUGCGACUCCCACCCACCCAUCGAUGCGCUCGGCAAGGCCACGCCCCGCCCUCUCCCACACCCCGCGGGCGCCGCGUUGGAGGCACUCGGCGCUCGGCCGAUCGGCCCUGGCUGCGGCCCCUUGUCUCCCAGUCCAAGAUGGCGGCGGCGGGUGGCGGCGCGGCGGGAAGCGGCGAGGCCGAGUGAGGCGGCUGCAGACUGUGCCCACCCUGCGCCCGCGGCUCGGCGCCGCCGGGCCGUGUCGCCAGUGAGGCCGCCCCGCGGCCGGGGCACGCCCGGGCCUGCAGCAGAGCGAGCGGAGCCGCGGGCUGGCGCGAGGCUGGAGCGUGCUCGGACCUUUUCCUAUAGAUGGGAACGGGGGAAGGAGCCCAGACGUGGCAACUCAUUCACAGGCUCCUGCCGGACCACCAUGGCUUAUGAUGGCGCCAAGAAGAAAGAAGAGUUCCUAGAGAGUCACCGAGGUGUUGAUGACGGGCUGGCAACCAGCAGGAUACAGCGAGAGAAGAAGCGCUCUUACAAGGAUCUGCUGCAAGAGGAAGACGAGGUAGCAACUCAGGACAGUGAGUUUUUUCCGGGGACAGAACCUCACAAAAAGAAGAAGAAGCACUCCUCCGAUGAGUUCUGCUACAGAGGUGUUUCGCCUCUGGAUCUACCAUCAAAGAAGAAGAAAAAAGCAGCUUCUAGCCCAUCCUCAGCUGAUCCAACCAUGGAUUUACUCAAGGCUAUCACCUCACCUUUGGCCACAAGCUCAAAGUCUUCAAAGAGGACCUCUGAAAAAUCGUCUCAUUCUUCCUCUGGCCAUUCUGAAAGCAGAAAGGAGCACACCAAGAAAAAGCUGAGUGGGAGCAGUGGGGAACACUCAGUGGACGAUGGCAGCUCCCACAAAUCUAAAAAAAUGAAACCUCUCUAUGUGAACACAGAGACACUUACUCUUCGUGAACCUGAUGGCUUGAAGAUGAAGCUCAUCCUCUCACCAAAAGAGAAAAGUAGUGCAGCAGAUGAUGAUGCUUUAUCCUACUCUUCAACACCAGCAGCUGCAAAGAAAUCUUCAAAGAAAUCAGCUCGAGAUGAGCAAGGCUCAUUUCUGCUGGGUCAUGAACUGCAGAGCUUCCUGAAGUCAUCCCGAAAGAAGCACAAACCACCUUCUGACUCACAUCCGCCUUCUGAGAGUUUUGGUGCUGACACCUCCCUUCAUUCAGAGGGCCACGGAAGCGAGUAUGAGAUUCCAGGUACGGAAGCGCCACCAGAAUCUGGUUCUUCUUCUGGUGGAGAGUUGGAGGCUGGAGAGCUAGUGAUAGAUGACUCCUACCGGGAAAUCAAGAAGAAGAAGAAAUCAAAAAAAAGUAAGAAAAAAAAGGACAAGGAGAAACACAGAGAGAGGAAGCACUCUAAGUCUAAAAAGAGUUCUGGGCAUUCUCCUGUGGCGGUAGCAGAAGUAAGGGUGUCACCACCACCUCCCAGUACCCCCUAUGUUGUUCCUCCACCUCCUCCUGCUGUUUUUCACUCAGAUGGUCAAGGUGAGAAAAGGAGGAAAAAGGAAGACAAGGAGAAAGACAAAGCUGAAAAAUGGGAAAAGGAGAAGGAAAGAGACAAAGAAAAGGAAAGAGACAAAGAAAAGGAAAGAGACAAGGAAAAGGAAAGAGACAAGGAAAAGGAAAAAGAAAAGGAAAGAGAAAGAGAAAAGGAAAGAGAAAAAGAAAAGGAAAGAGAGAAGGAAAAGGAAAGAGAAAAGGAAAAAGAAAGAGAAAAAGAAAAAGAAAAAGAAAGAGAAAAAGACAAGGAAAGAGAAAAGGAAAAGGAAAGAGAAAGAGAAAAACCAAAGAAGAAAAACAUGUCUGCCUAUCAAGUGUUUUGUAAAGAGUAUCGUACAACUAUUGUGUCUGAGCACCCUGGAAUAGAUUUUGGAGAGCUAAGUAAAAAACUGGCAGAAGUGUGGAAGCAGCUACCUGAGAAGGACAAACUGAUCUGGAAACAGAAAGCUCAGUAUCUCCAACACAAGCAGAAUAAAGCAGAGGCCACUACUGUGAAGAGAAAGGCAUCGUCUUCAGAUGGUGCACCAAAAAUGAAAGCUUCUCCAACAGGAGUGAUUUCCCCUCAUAAGAAAUCCCCCACAAGCACCGUGGUGGUGCCUUCCUCACCAGCCAAAGCCCCUGAGACAGAUCCUAUUGAUGUAGCUGCACACUUACAGCUGCUGGGUGAAUCCCUGAGCCUCAUCGGACACAGACUGCAGGAGACAGAGGGAAUGGUGGCUGUUUCAGGAAGUUUGUCAGUACUUCUAGAUUCAAUCAUCUGUGCUUUGGGCCCAUUGGCAUGUCUGACCACACAACUGCCUGAGCUGAAUGGCUGCCCGAGGCACGUUUUGUCAAACACACUAGACAACAUUGCCUACAUCAUGCCUGGACUUUGAUGGGAAAGGAUCCUGGGAUGUACUCAACCUCUGCGCAACUGAUUUGUGUACAUAUGCACUAUGCGACGCUCCUGAAGGGCUCCAUGUGGAGGCUUUUAAAGUUUUAUAUGUGUAUAGUAUAUACAUAGGAUUGUAACUAUUUGACUUCUAUUUUAUGAAAAGUUGUGAAAUUAAGCUGAGAAAGCCCUUUUAUGUCAGUGGGUGAAAUGUCCUCCAGUCUGAAAGUACUUUGUAUGAAGAAUUCAGAACACUUUUGAGAUACUUGCCUUAAUUUCAGAUCCUUUAGUGGGGGAAGCAGGCAGAGAAUGGACUUCUCGAUGUAAAGAAGAAAGCUGUCACCAUGAGAAAGGUCAUUGAAACAGUUGGCCCAGAGGGGUUCUUGACUCUCCAUUCUUGAUGGUUUCAAAAAUUGAAUGAGCAGCUUCCUCUAGCUGAACUUUCUUUAAGCAGGGAGAUGGACCAGAUGACCUCCUGAUACCCCUGCCAGCCUAAAGUAUUCUGAUAUUCUAUGGGCAGAUAGAGAUGAUAAUAUAUUUUGGACCAAGGAAUAGAACUGAAUUCUUCACCAGCCGUAUUUGUAACUUUUUCAGUUUAAAAUCCACUGCUUGAGGGGAAAGCUGGAUAGCUGAUUAAA